AUAUGAGAUCUGUGUAUAUAUAUAUAGAGCCAUAUGCUUUUUUCAUCUAAUUUUGGAAUAGCAUGGAGCAUUAUGGCCUCCUCAUGGUUGGACGUUUUUAUAUGAUUAACUUCCAAUCUGGGAAGAACUCGCUAGUCCAGCGGCACAGAAGAAAAGAGGUCCACGAAGAAGAACACAGUCCAGCUCAGCUAAAAAAUCAAUGGGAAAACACUGCCUGCCACAUGCAUUGAGGAAAGGCCUAUGCUAUUGAGACUUGAGUUUGCAUGUCUCUUUUGGAUCUCUAGUGAUUGCAGGCAAACAGUACAUAAGGUUUAUCAAAUACCCAUCUGCUCAACUUCAUUAAGUUCACGCAUUGAGACGCUUUUUUCUUAUUUAUUCUCGCCGCUAUUGUGACCCUAUUUAUUUAACUAGAUUGGAAUUUACACUUUGCUAAGUGGGCGUUGUAAUUAUUUGCAUUUAGCUGAGUGGGUGCUGCAGCUUUGCUUAAAUUAUAGCACUUUCAUUUCAGUUCAGAGGCUUUAGAGCCUCUAUUUUUAAAUAGAAAUGGAUGAAUCAGGCAAUGCACUGACAUCUGGUCCAGAUGGAAACAAGAGAAAGGUUUCAUAUUUUUAUGAUUCAGACAUUGGGAACUAUUAUUACAGCCAGGGUCAUCCCAUGAAGCCUCACAGAAUCAGAAUGGCUCACAACCUAAUUAUGCACUACGGGCUACAGGAGAAUAUGGAAAUCUGCAGGCCGAAUCUAUUACAGAGCAAGGAGCUCAGGGUAUUCCAUGCAGAUGAUUAUAUCUCAUUUCUUCAGUCUGUUACACCCGAGACACAGCACGAGCAGCUCAGGCAGUUGAAGAGAUUCAAUGUGGGAGAGGACUGUCCCGUCUUUGAUGGGUUGUAUAGUUUCUGUCAGACUUAUGCAGGGGGCUCCGUUGGAGCGGCAGUUAAACUCAAUAACAGGGAUGCAGAUAUAGCCAUUAAUUGGGCUGGUGGUCUCCACCAUGCUAAAAAGUGUGAGGCAUCUGGGUUUUGCUAUGUCAAUGAUAUUGUCUUGGCCAUUCUUGAGCUUCUGAAGGUGCAUCAACGAGUGCUUUAUAUUGAUAUUGAUAUACAUCAUGGGGACGGUGUUGAGGAGGCUUUCUACACUACAGACAGGGUUAUGUCCGUAUCUUUUCACAAGUUUGGUGACUAUUUUCCUGGCACAGGCCACCUUAAAGAUGUAGGGUAUGGGAAAGGGAAGUACUAUUCGUUGAAUGUUCCAUUGAAUGAUGGAAUUGAUGAUGAGAGUUACAGGAAUCUUUUUAGACCUAUCAUUCAGAAGGUCAUGGAAGUAUAUCAACCAGAAGCAGUUGUCUUACAAUGUGGAGCAGAUUCACUCUCAGGUGAUAGGCUGGGAUGCUUUAAUUUGUCAAUUAGAGGACACGCAGAUUGUGUUCGAUUUCUUCGAUCAUUCAAUGUUCCAUUAAUGCUUGUUGGAGGUGGGGGCUACACCAUUCGCAAUGUUGCUCGUUGUUGGUGUUAUGAGACUGCAGUUGCAGUGGGUAUUGAGCCCCUAGACAAAUUGCCUUAUAAUGACUAUUAUGAAUAUUUUGGGCCAGACUAUACUCUCCAUGUUGCUCCGAGCAAUAUGGAGAACCAGAACUCAACUAAGGAAUUGGCAAAAAUAAGGAAUACUUUGCUGGAACAGUUGAAUAAAAUACAGCAUGUUCCUAGUGUACCAUUUCAGGAAAGGCCUCCAGACACCAAAUUUCCUGAGGAGCAGGAGGAAGAGGACUAUGAAAAGCGACCCAAGGGUCAGCGAUGGGAUGGGGAGUAUUUUGGUUCAGAAUCUGAAGAAGAUCAGAAACCUCGCAAUCGUGAUGUAGAUGCCACUGAGAAACCUUCACUGAGAAGGCCACCAGUUUCCAACCUUGAACCUGCCAAGAAAAUAAAACAAGAAGUUGAAGAUGGAGAAGCUGGAAUAGCUAAUGAAAGCGAUGGGCCAAAGUGGCCAAUAUAAGGAGGAAAGGAAAACACCAGGAGCAGUUUCAGGUGGUUAGUGCAACUGCUAAAAUGAUUUUUUUGAAAAGAAGCAUGAGGUACAUCUACCAGGAAUCAAAUGUUGUAGUGGCUACUUUUUGUCUAGCCACAAGGUAUAUGACAAAUGUACAUAUCUUUCUCGAGCUCGAGGAAUAUUUGUAGAUAUGCAAUGCAAAGAACAUUGAAAUUUUUAUAUCAGGUUUUAUGGAGAAGAUUGGCCUGACUUUUGUAGCAAUAUUUGUAGCAUACCUACCGAUUGAUCAGUUCAGAUGACCAACUUUUGUAGCAAUUCAUGAGUGCCUUUUAGAAACAAAUUGAAACUUGUUUAUCUUAAAGGCAUUAAUGAUAAACCCCUACCCCCCCCCACCAAAAAAAAAAACUUGCUUUUAAUCUGAGAUGCUUGUACUGAGGUGAUCUGAUGCCAUAGAAAAUUAUGUCUUCUUUUUUUCUUU